GCAGGGACAGAGAAGGACUUGGAGAGAGAGGCCAAUAGAGAGCAAGAGACAGUAAAACUGCUGCCACAGACUGGGAGUAGUUCUUUGCCAUUGGGAUUGACACAGACAAAUAUAGAAACAAAGGACCAAGAAAGAGGGUUAAAGAAGAAAAAGAGGACAAAAUCAGCAACCAUUUGACUUGAACGUAUCAUUUUGCAUUUCUUCCUCAGGAUUUACAGAACUAAGAACUGACAUUUGGUAUGUGAAGUUAUUUUUGUAUAAACCAAGGGAGAAAACUGCCGCUCUGACGUAAAGCUGCUCUUGACCACUGACUAAGGAUCAACUUGCUGACCUUAUAAACCAAUACAUCUGAAUCACCUGGCUAAACUCAUUUUGCAGAGAAGUAAGGGUAAGCAGCAUCAACAGAACAUUUGCCAAGCAACUUCCGAUAACAAACGCCACAACUUGAACCUCAACAAGUGUCUCGAGGAUUGACCGGUAGCCGACCGAGCGUUGUUUCUGAGAAGAUGACAUUCGCCAUGCUGCGCAGUGCGCCUCCCGCGGGCCGCUUCCUGUACGGCGACAUCGCCCUCCUCUCCGAAGACGACGAAGAGAACGGGAGCGAAGGGUCGGGAUCUGAGGAGCGUUCCUCCAACUACCGCCUGUCCUCUUCGCCAUCUGCCUUUCACAUCAAGAUGAACAGGAAGAGGAAGCUGUGUGGGGGAAUCGGAGCGGUAGAUGUAGAGGCCAUGAUGGGGAGGCUCAUCCCCCCGGGGUCUCCCCCCCUUGGGGAGGGUCGCCAGAGGACUGCAGCCAACGCACGGGAGAGGGAUCGCACCAAUUCUGUCAACACGGCAUUCACAGCGCUGCGCACACUCAUCCCCACCGAGCCUGCAGACAGGAAGCUGUCAAAGAUCGAGACGCUGCGUCUGGCUAGCAGCUACAUCAGUCACCUGGGGACCGUCUUACUCAUGGGCGAGGGGCUUAUUGAUGGACAGCCGUGCCACACUCCCUCACAGCCGUUCUUCCACGUUAACUCCUCCCCCAGCCGAGGAUCUGACCAAUCAGCUCAGCCAAAACACAUCUGUACUUUCUGCCUCAGCAACCAGAGGAAAAUGAACAAAGACAGAGACAGGAAGUCGGCCAUCAGAAGUUAACAAUGGAGACACAAACCACACACGGAUGAAAUGCAGCGACGUUAAUGCAACUUGAAGACUUUUGAUGCAUUUCAAAGACUUUUGAAGGACUUCUUCAGCACUUCCAGGACUUUUCAAGGACCUUUACCAAGCUUUUUUUCUUACUUUUUAUAUCACUUUACAAGAGCCUUUUACUUUUUGUCAGGUGUUUUCAAAAACACUUCUGAAACAGUACUUUUAAAGGUCGUUCACAUGCUUAUCAAAGACCCUGACCUGCCUUUCAACAUGUAUAAGAGACUUUUUACUGUAUUGUUCAGAGACUCCGUGACUCUUUGUUCUAAGGAACUAAUGGCACAUGAUGGAAACACACAGCUUUUGAUGAAAACAAGUUUGUCUUUCUUAUGUUCUGUGUGUUAUUAAUGUGUAAACUGAAAUAUAAAUGUAUAUUUAUGUGACAUAACAUUAUAUAAUGAAAGUAUGUUAUUUAACCAAUAUUGACAUUCAUUACAAAUAAUGUAUAAAGGUGCAAGAACAUUGGCUAAUGACACAAUUUAUGGCAUCCUAAAACGCCAUGCUGGAAUGUUGUGGUAUUGGUUAUUUCUGAUAAUCAUCUCUGGAAAUGUCCGACUAAUGCUGGAAGAUAACUCAAGAUGACCAAUAAAUUGUUUGUAUA